AUGGCAGACCACCGUGCGGCUUCGGCGUUGGCGGGGGAGGGGGUUGGGCAGCAACAGCAGCAGCAACAGCAGCAGCAAUAUCAUGAGCAUCAACAUCAGCAUCAGCAUCAGCAUCAGCAUCAGCGACCGCAACAACCGGGCAAGGAAAGUGGCGGCGGCGACAGCCGGCCAUCCUUCACGGGGUACUGGAGAGAGGAGCAGGUGAGCGAGAGGGCGGGGAGGGUGCAGUUCGUGAACGAGGGGCCGCCGCCACCGCCUCGCCAGCUACAACAUCAACUAUCUGUCUCGUCGUCGUCGUUAUCGCCGUCAUCGGCCAUGGAACCUGGGGAUGCGGCGACCGUGAGCGAUCAAGAGCGGCAGGGUUCGUCAUCUCAGCUGACACGAAACCGCGCGCGACUAACACCAUUCCCAGCUGAGUCCGCCGCACCUAAUCUCACAGCCGCGGAAAAGGCCAAGCUCCGGCGCCAGCAAGUCCGUAGGGCGCAGAUCCAGCACCGCACGCGCAAGGCGAACUACAUCAAGCAGCUCGAGCUUGACGUUUGCCGCUUCAGAGACAUGAUCGCCGUCGCCGAAAAGGAGGUCUUCGCCUUCCGUGCCGAGAACAAAGGCAUGCGCGACGCACUGUCGGCCAGGGGUCUCAGAGUUCCUGGGGAGUUGAAGGGCAAGGAGGUCGUGGUCCGCGAAGCCCUAAUUCCGGAGCCUGUAGUUGAGCAGAGAGUGGACACGAUGCAGCCGAGAGUGCUGCAGCUGCAGCUGCAGCAACAGCAGCAAGACCGUUAUCAGGCUCCGGAACAGAAUCAAGCUUCGCGGCACGUGGUCGCACAGCCCGUUCUACAGCAACAGCUCCCGAUCGCACACCCAGAACCGCAAGUAACCCCUCAACCUCAGCCCACCGACGACUACGACUAUGACUACGACUACGACCCCUACCCGCCGGUCGACCUCUUCGCAGACAUCGACAUGGGAGAGGUUACCGUCACCAUGCGCAAGGACGACGCCCUCGGCACCCCGUGCUUCCAGAUCGCCUCGUCGUCGCCGGCCGUUGUACAUUCGUUGACACCGGACCAUCUCACUCCGGAACAGGAGAUAACCGCCAUAAAUCUUAUUCUCGCAAUGGAACACAUUUGCUGGAACCACUUCCACCCCCGCCAGUUCCCCGCCCAUGCCGACCCUUGCAGCGCCGGCUCGGGCCACACCAUGAUGGCCUCGACCAUGUGCAUGUCGAGCGCGCCCGCUCGCGUCUACCGCACCAUCCGCCGGCGCGAGGCCGAGACGACGGCGCACACAUGGCGCGCCGACACGGGCGCCGGCUCGGCGCUGUCGCUCAAGUCGCUGCUGGCGCUCGCCAAGACGCUGAACCCUGGCGACAUCGAGCUGACGCCCGUGCAGGCGUGGUUCGAGCUCGCGGCGCGGUACGGGGCGGCGGCGCUGAUGCGCGGGGACGUCAUCGACACGCUCAAGCGCGAGUUCUGCGGCGUCGUCGACUGCAUUCACUUUGGUGCCAUCAUCGAGCGCGAUGCGUUCGAGAGCGUCGUGGCGAGGGUCAUGGAGCAGGUUGGCGUGCAGGAGCUUGAGUGGGCGAUGAAUGUUGACAAUGACGGGGAGGUCUGUGGCGGGAUAGUUUCUGGCGCGCAGGGGAUCACCGCUUGA